AUGGACUCCGUCAGCCGCGGCCUAUUCCUUGCACUCCUCUGUCGAAGCAGUGAGAUAGUGCAGGGAACUUCCAUCAAAGCAGGAUCGUCCGUAUCUACCGAGGACGUGGAGGCCUACGACUCCUUCCGCAAUCAGUAUGGGCGCAACGAGGAGUAUGGCUCCGAGAACUACCGGGAAAGGCUGGCCUUCUUUGCGAAGCGGCGGGCAGAAGUGGAUGCCCAAAAUGCACAGCCACACAGACUCUGGUGGGCGAAGCUAAACAAGUUCGCCGACAUCACAGACUCCGAGUACCGAGCUAUGCUGGGCUACCGGCGAAUGGGAUGGACACCCGCCAGCUCUGCCAUCAUGCGUGGCGGCUCCUCCUUCCUGCAGAUGGACACUUUGGCCACCUCGCGGGAUUGGCGGGAGCUCAAAUCGAGCAGCUUCCUCCGUGUGCAAGGUGGAUGCGGCUCGUGUUGGGCGGUUGCUGCCGCUGGCGCAUUGGAGAUGCAUGCAGAGCUCCACAAGAAGCUUGCGAGCCCCACACGAUUGUCUUUCAGCCAGCUGUUGGACUGCACGCCAAACCCUAAGCAUUGCGGCGGUGAUGGCGGCUGCUCGGGGGCUACAGCAGAGUUGGCCUUUCAGUACGUGCACCAGAAUGGGAUUGCUAGCGAGGACGAUUACAAAGACUCGGAGGUGGAUGGCAAGUGCAGGCAGCCGACGUCGGUCCUGAACACGAGAGGUUUCGUCAAGCUACCGGAAAACCAGCUGCUGCCACUCCUCACCACUUUGUCCGAGAAGGGCCCUGCAGUCGUAUCCGUGGAUGCGGAGGCAUGGACAAUCUACGAUGGCGGCAUUUUCAACGGCUGCCAGAAGGACGCCACCAUCAACCAUGCAGUCCUGCUGGUUGGCUAUGGCCAGGACAAGAAGGGACAGAAGUAUUGGCUGAUUCGAAACUCAUGGGGUUCCGACUGGGGCGAGGAGGGCUACAUGCGUUUGCUGCGCCAUGAUGGGGAUGAGUCGAACGGGGGACACAAUGGGUUUUGCGGCACAGACUACGACCCGAAGGUUGGAGUUGGAUGUCGUGGAGGCCCGUCUUCCCUCCCAGUUUGUGGGAUGUGCGGCAUCCUCUCGGAUUCCAGUUACCCCAAGCUCUAG